AUAAUAAAAGAAUAAAUUUUUGUAUGUGGAUUCUGCAAUGUCAUAGAGAAGAUCCUCAUUUUGUGGAAAAUAUCAUGUUUACUGACGAGUCGAUGUUUACGAGAGAUGGCAUUUUCAAUACACAUAACUUUCAUUUUUAUGCAGAUAAAAAUCCGCAUGUGUAUAACAUUGGCAACUAUCAACACAAAUUCAGUAUUAAUUUGUGGGCUGGCAUAUACAAAAAUUCUGUGAUUGGACCAUUCGAACUUCCUGCAAGAGUUAAUGGCGAAAUUUAUAGUAAUUUUCUCUCUGAACAUUUGUCCGAACUACUUGAGGAUAUAUCAUUAGAGGAGCGACGUGCUAUGUGGUUCCAACACGACGGAGCACCUUCACAUAAUGCAAGGCGCACGCGGGAAACUUUAAAUAGGAAAUAUCCUAAUAUGUGGAUUGGCCGUGGAGGUCCUCGAGCAUGGCCAGCGAGGUCACCUGAUUUGACACCCCUUGAUUUUUUUUUAUGGGGAACUAUAAAAGAGUACGUGUAUCGCGUGCCUAUAAAUACUGUCGAGGAACUAAAUUACCGUAUUAUUGAAGCGUUUGCGAAUAUCACACCUGAAAUGUUAGAACGAUUAAAACAGAGCUUUAUUAGACGUGCUGAAUUGUGUAUUGAAAUGGAUGGUGGCCAUUUCGAACACUUAUUAUAAAACUUGAAACAUUAUUAUUCAUUUAAUUAUUUAUUUUAAUUAUUUAUUCAUUAUUUAUUUUUUUACUAUUUAUUUAUUUGUUUAUUUAUUUAACUUCAUUUAAUUGCGUGUUCAUCUAAAAAAUUUGGAUCAAAGGCUCAUAUAGAAUUUUUGAUUCGCGACGAUAACCGUGUUAUCAACACGAGAAAUUGUUAUACAAGAUAUUAUUACAGUUAAUUUAUUGGAAUGUACUAGCUUUUAAGAAAAAAAAUAUAAAAUAUUAUAGUAGCUAGUUCCCGCAAUUAUUUUUAUCGAUUUAGUUUCUUCGAUAUCAUCUUUGUAAAUGACUAUUUCGUUUAUUUAUUUCAUUAAUUAAUAUAUUGUUUCCAUGUGCUUUCGUUAAAAAUAAUGUAAAAUUGAAAAAUAAAUUAAAUUAAAUACUGUGA